AUGCGGCGGUCUGCGUUCGUGCUGUUGGCGAUCUUCGCGAUCUGUCAGGCCCAAGGGGGCAGAAGGGAGCCGCAAGGAGGCAGAAGGGAGCCGCAAGGGAACAGAAGGGAGCCGCAAGCGGGCAAUAGGAAGCCAAAAGGGGACGUGCCGCCUCCCCCCAGGCACCACGGCUAUCACAAGAUGAUGACCCUCGCCAUGAACAACAUGAUGGAUGGUGUCCAUGAAGAAGAAGCAAACGUAAUAAAGGGAGCAAUGGAAGAGUUUCACGAAAACUCGUGCAUUAAAUUUGUUCCAUACAAAACUGGAGACUCCGACUGGAUUUCCAUUCAAGGAGAUUCUCCAGGUUGUUGGUCUUACGUCGGAAGAAGAGGAGGAGGUCAGGUUGUAAAUCUUGGAAGACGAUGCGUACAGCACGGAGUAGCUGCUCAUGAACUGUUACAUGCGCUCGGAUUCCAUCAUCAGCAGAGUGCAUCUGAUAGGGACAAAUACGUCACUAUUCACUGGAAGAACAUUCGAAGAGGGGCUGAAAGAAAUUUCAAGAGAUAUGGUCACGGAAGUAUAACAGAUUUAGGUGUUGGGUAUGACUAUGACAGUGUGAUGCACUAUAGCUCGCACGCUUUUACCAAAAAUGGUAAACCUACCAUUGUACCAAAAGAGGACGGCGCAUCAAUAGGUCAGAGGUUCAGAAUGAGUGAAAAAGACAUUGAAAAACUAAAAAAACUGUACAAUUGUGCCGAUAAUAAUAACUUUGAAACGCCUCGAUCAUUCGAUUUCUGGGGUUUCCAUUUCAGGUAG